AUGUCUUUACCUUCUGAAGUUGAAAUUAAAUCACUUAAAGAAAAAUAUACUGCUGCAGGACAAGUUCAUCUUUUUACUUUUUAUGAUGAACUUGAACCUGAUCAAAAAAUUUCAUUAUACAAUCAACUUUCUAAACUUGAUGUCGACCGUGUGAACAAAAUUUUUAAAAAGUCAAUUUCCGUUUCAGAAAAUACUUUGGAACAACAAAAUUUGGAACCUUUACCUGAUAAUGUAUUUGAUUCGACUAUAGAUUCUGACGAGGUUAAAGUGAAGGAAUGGAGGGAAGUGGGGUUAAAAAAUAUAGCUCAAAAUCGAGUUGCAGUGAUUUUAAUGGCUGGUGGUCAAGGAACUAGGCUAGGGUCUACAGCACCAAAAGGAUGUUACGAUAUUCACUUACCUUCAAGCAAAUCAUUAUUUCAACUUCAAGCAGAACGUAUUUUAAGAUUGCAAAAACUUGCACAAGAAACAGUAAAUGUUCCUGAAUCAGUAUUUAUUCCAUGGUAUGUGAUGACAAGUGGCCCAACAAGAUUAUCAACAGAAGCUUUUUUUAAAGAUCAUAAUUACUUUGGAUUGAAAAAAGAAAAUGUAAUCUUUUUUGAACAAGGAACUCUUCCUGCAUUUACUAAUGACGGUAAAAUAUUUUUGGAAACCAAAUCCAAAAUUGCUAUUGCACCUGAUGGUAAUGGUGGUAUAUAUGCUGCUUUAAGAAAUGAAAAGGUUCUUGAUUCAUUAAAAUCCCGUAAUAUUAAAUACGCACAUGCAUAUUGUGUUGAUAAUUGUCUAGUCCGUGUUGCUGAUCCAGUAUUCAUUGGUUAUUGCAUUUCAAAUAAUGCUGAUUGCGGAGCAAAAUGUGUUCGUAAAUCUUCACCAGAAGAACCUGUUGGUGUUAUUGCACUUCGUAAUAAAAAAUUCAAUGUGAUAGAAUAUAGUGAAAUUGAUUCAGCAGUUGCCGCCAAAACCAAACCAGAUGGAAAACUUUUAUAUGGUGCAGCUAAUAUAGCAAAUCAUUUUUACACAGUGGAUUUUCUUGAUAAAGUAGAAUCUUUUGAGGAUGGGCUUGAAUAUCAUAUAGCUAAAAAGAAAAUUAAGCAUGUUGAUCUUAAGACUGGGGAUACCGUGUCACCAUCCAAACCAAAUGGAAUGAAACUUGAGUUGUUUGUUUUUGAUGUUUUUCCUUUUACAGAACGUAUGGCUGUUUUAGAGGUUGACAGAAAAGAAGAAUUCUCGCCUCUUAAAAAUGCACCAGGUACUGGCGCUGAUGAUCCAGAUACUAGUAGAAGAGACAUUAUCAAUCAACACGUGAGAUUUGUUGAAAAUGCUGGUGGCAAAGUAAUCAAAGGUGACGCAGAUUCGUCAUUUACUUUUGAAAUUUCGCCAUUAGUUUCUUAUGCUGGUGAAGGUUUAGACUCAUUAAAAGGAAAAACAAUCAAGACACCAGUUACUAUUGAAAAACCAGAAGAUUUGAAUAAAUUUUAA